AUGAGAUUAAGCGGUAUUCUUUUAUUAUUAUCAGCAUUUGCAGGUAUUAUCAACUCACAAUAUGUUUUAGUUGAAGAGUUCCAAUACCAAGGUGGCAGUUGCUCUGGUUCACAAUCAUCAAUUGAUUCACAAUCAUCAUUCGAUUCACAAUCAUCAUGGGGUUCACAAUCAUCAUGGGGUUCACAAUCAUCAUGGGGUUCACAAUCAUCAUGGGCCUCACAAUCAUCAUGGGGUUCAUCAGAUUCAUCAAACUUUUUAACAGCAUCUGAAUCAUCAGGUGAAGCAUGUCCAUCUUCUUCAAUUGGUGGUAAUAUCGUUCAAGAAGGUGUUUGCUUCUAUUAUGCUGAUAGAUUACCAUCAAUUUAUACCGUCUCUGGUGAUAACAUUGUUCAAACAUUUUAUAAUCAAACUGAUUAUAAUUGUGAAGGUAAACCAAUUGAUACUGUUACCGCAGUUAGUGGUGACUGUUACUCUGCAUGUAACCAAGGUACUGGUAUUACAUUCCAAUUAUCAGCAGUUGCAACUCCAGUUAUUCCAACUACCAAUACAAUUGUAGAAGCUGUUUACACUGGUGAAUGUAAUGGUAAUUAUAAGAAUUCAUUCGUUUCAGUCUAUUACAAAUCAUUAAAUACUUGUAAUGAUAAUGUUGUUGCACAACAAGGUACCUUUUCAUUUGAAAUCUCUUGUAACUCAACUUCAUCAGCUGUUACUAUCUUUGGAAAUGAUGACUGUGGUGGUAGCCCAGUUUACUCUUUACACGAACCAAUGGUCAACCAAUGUGGUGAUCAAUAUAAUGUCAUUGAAGUUUGUUACAAUUAA